GUGGCAGCUGUGUUGCAAGACUGUGUUUGGUUGUGAGAGGAGAGGAGGGGGCACCCCAAUGGAUUGCUGUUUCCUUUCCAGUCUGGCCUGACCCCAAGGCACUGGAGGGGAGGUUUCUGCAGAAGGGUGUCAGCAGAUUACUAACAACUUCUUUCCACAUCAGGAAAUGGUUUGACCCAGGCUGUUUGUUCCAAACUGGCUCUUUUUUGCAGGCUGCAGAUUCUGUAUCUGGUGGUGUCUCUAGUGGAGUUUCUUUCGCUCUGUAUCAUCCAGAUCUUUAAUGGAACAGAAACACUUUCUGAGUGGGGAGAAUUCAGCUGUGUGACUAGGAGGGAAUGGCUCAUCAUUCCAAAUCUCCGUUAAGACGCUCCUUCAGCGAACAUAUUAAAGAUUCUACGAACAAGGCAUGGAAUAUAAUCUGGAAAAAUACAAGGGAGAAAAGACUUUCAGAAAUUGAAGCAAAGGAUGCUUGUGACUGGUUGAAAGCUGCUGGAUUUCCACAGUACUCCCAACUAUUUGAAGCCUCCCUGUUUCCUAUUGAUAUUGAAGUUGUGAAAAAUGAUCAUGAGUUUUUAGACCAGGAUGCCACAGAGUCUUUGUGCAGGCGAUUGAAAACACUGAACAAAUGUGCAAUGAUGAAAUUGGAAAUUGGUAGAGAGAGAAGAAAGAGCGAUGAUUCUGAAGAUGAAGAUCCUUGUGCCAUCAGUAGCAAAUGGACUUUUCAAAGGCACAGCAAGCAGUGGUCUCGUGUCGAGACAUUAGAACUUUUCCAUCCGGAAAAUCUUUGCUUACCCAGUAGCCCAUGUUUGAAGACAGUUGACUGUGAUGAUAUAUUCCCAGAGCUGGAAGAGAAGCAGGAAGUUUCAUCAGUUCACAGCAGCAGUAGCAGCAGUGCGGGCACUGAUAGUAUCAGCUUGCCAAAAAAUUCUGAAAUGCACAUUACAGAUUUUGAGACUAGUCGAAGUUCCUCAAGAUGUUCCUCAAUUAAGUUGCCGUCUGCAGACACCUCUUUGAGUGGCCCACCAUCUCCAAAUGAGCUCUCCAGUUUUGGUACUGAUGAAAAGGUCACUCAAAAGUUCUCAAAGACCAGGGGAAAGGGUUUAUUAAAGAAAAUGGAAAGGCUUCGAUUAAGAAGUUCUAGUCAGAAAAGGAACAAUCAACAAAAAUGUAGGCCAUUUAUCAGUGCGCCUGUACUUCAAGAAGGAUUUGAUGAAGAAAAGAUGAGAAAUCUCAAUUGUUUUGACGUUGCUGAACUUGAUGAGACCUUUCUUAGACAGAACCCGUCAUACUCCUCCCAAACCUGCAGUAGUAGCAGUCAAUCCGAGAACAGUAGUACAGUAAGCACACCAAGCCCUGUCCUUCGAACACGGAGUCAAACCUUAAGUCGAAAUCGGGAUGGGACGUAUAUGGAAAGUUUUGAUUCAGCACAACCACCCUGCAGGAGUAUUAGCCAACAGAACUUUAUAAAUGAGAAGUGUCAGCAUGACCAUCUUCUUUUUCAGAUUCCACAAGGCCACAAACCAGGAACAUUUCCGAAAGCACUUCAGCAUGGUAUUGUCUCACCAAUAGACACUUCAGUAAACUGGAGAACUGGCAGUUUCCAUGGUUAUCGUCGAAGUAGAUUUGGCAGAGACAGUAGGGUGAGCAGUUCAAAGGAGAUUGACUGUAGGCAUGACUCCCAUGAUGACUUAGAUAAUCGCAUGAGUAUAUAUGAUAACAUUCCAGGGGCCCUUGUUCACCUGAACAAUGGAGAGGUAGCAGAUGCAGCUGAUGAUGACGUGUUUGCAGAACUGGAUGAUGUCAUGGAGCAUGUGAAUGGCCUUCAAAGACUCGUGAACAAAUGGUCAGAAAAGUUUUCUGAUGAAGGAGAAUCUGAUUCUGCAAAUGACUCAGCAUCUCCUUAUCCAUCCUCUCCAAAGGACAUUCAUUUGGAGAUAGAGAAACAUCUUGGGUGUGUUAAUGAGGAAAUGCAAGCUAGUAAAUUGGAUAUUACAGAAAAGUCUGUCAAUGAUUUGGACCCGUCAGUCAUGCAUUACAAAAGGGACUCUGGAGUUGGCUCAUCGUUGACGCACAGUCACAGGCAACAGAGGUUAUGCUGGCAGGGUGAACUGAACUUAAAUCCUCAGAACUUACAUCUCCAGAUUGAUAGCCAGUCUGCAGCUCAGCUCAACCUCUUACAGAAAUUGGCACUCCUGAAGCUCACCACCCUGAUGGACAAAUACUCCCCCUCCAGCAAGCAAGGCUGGAAUUGGUAGGCUGUUGGAUAUAAUUUAAACUUGAUUUGUGAAAUAUUAUAAUUCACAAACACAAUUCAAAUGUUUUAUUGAUGUCCUCUGUAUCCCUCAAAUUAAAUGCAACCUGGUUAGUUGGUCUUUCCUAUUCAUCACUUUUUACGUGUGUGUGUUUGUGUGUGUGUGUGUGCGUGUAUAAAACGACCUGACUAAAAUUGUACCAACCCCAAGGGAUUAAUUUAAAAAGAAUGUUAAAGUUACGUGGAUUGAAGGUUGUAAGAAACUAUUUUUGUAAAAUUAUUAAUGAUUAAUGUCUCUUUGAAGAUCAAAGCAGCAUUCUUUAAUGUUGCAUUUUAUAGUAUUAAAAUAUUAGCUGAAAUAAAAUGUUAUCUGUUACAUAAGGAUUAUAUUUCUCUUUUUCAUUGUAUCAAUUUACAGAUUGCCCAUGGCACCGUUUGAACCAGACAAUUCUUUAUAACUAUGUCUUGUAUGAUUUCAACACACGACUGCAGAUAAUUUAUAUUUUUAGUUAAUGUAUUCAUCCUUUCCCUUAUGAUGAGAUACCUGACAGCACUAAAACCUUUUUAGUGUUUGGAUGUUUACUGAUUAUGCCAUGGCAUGUGCCUUUUCUAGUUGCUCCUGAAUAGUUUGUGCUAGAUUUUAUGGUGUAAGAGGGACCAUGAGAGUCUGGCAUACCAAUUGGUGUGGGGAUUGGAUGCCCUGCCCUGGAUUUUCUGGCCUUCCCCAUAGCAGUUUAAUGGCUUCUUGGCCAUUUGUUUUUUUUUUAAAGGAGAACUCUGCCUAUGCUAAUUAAAUAGUCUGCAACUCUCUGGUCCCAGCAGUACCAUUGGGAGUGAUGAACACUGCUGGGGCUAUUCCCAGCUCUGAAGAGCAAGGAGCUAGAGUUAAACCUAAUAAGUGCUGGGGUAAAUGGAGGUGAGGUAGAGGCUUUUAUUGUGAGUCGAGAAUGUGGUGCUGGAAAAGCAUAGCUGGAAAAGCAUCGAAGG